AUGUCUUCGCGGCCGCGUCGUUCGGCCGCCCAGCGCGCCAAUGUAGCAAUCACUGACUUGGCCGAUACAGAACGGCAACUCGACCGGGGGUACACGCCCAUGUCAUCAUCGCGUAGCUCACGGCGUUCCGGCAACGGCCUCGCCUCGGUCAGCAGCGGCGACAGCAGAGACCAGCAGCACAUGCAUCUGACGGUCAAAAUGCCUUCGAGCAAACUACGGCAGGCCACGACUGCCAGCCAUGAGAGCAGCGGCAAGCGCAAGGCGCUUACUAGUGCUGCUGUCAGUUCUUCUUCUGGCGGUGGCGGGAGCAAGAGGACCAGGGGUGGGAAGAAGAAUUAUGUGAUUGAGAGCAGCGAGGAUGAGGAGGAAGAGGAGGAGGGCGAUGAGGAUGACGAUGACGACGAUGAGGAGGAGGACGAUGAAGAUGAGGAGGAGGAGGAGGAGGCGGAGGUAUCCGAGAUUGAGGUUGUGCCAAAGACCUUUGGCAAGCCUACUGCGCGCAAGGUGGCUGCGGUGGAUGACGAAGACGAUGAGCAGAUGGAGGAUGUGGGAGAUGACGAUGCCGAGGGCGAGGAUGACGGCGAUGAGAUGGACGUCGAUGCCGAAGGUGAGGACGAUGAGGGCGAGGACGCCGACGGGGACAUCGAUAUGGAUACCCCCGCGCUCCGCCCGCCCGCAAUCAAGGUCACCAAGCCCCCUAAGAACGCGUCCACGCCCAGCAAGUCAAAACCCGUCGCUGCAAAGCCGCUUGCCGGCGACGACGACGAUGAUGACGACGAUGAGGAGCUCAGUGAACUCGAGAGUGAGCCUGAGGACGUCACUGUGGAAGUUGCCAACAAUGAUGAUGAAGACGCGGAGGGUGAGGACGAUGAUGAGGACGUCGAUGCUGAGGGUGAGGAAGAGAUUGAGGUAGCGGACGAGGAUGCCGAGGGCGAGGAUGACGCAGAGCUCCUGAGUGAGGACGGCAGUCGCGCCGGCACGCCGGAUCUGUCUAAGUUGACAGCACGCCAACGGGCGAAGCUGGGGGAUGUCUCGCACGAGUACAUGAAGCUCUCCGAUGAGGUGCAAGCCAAGAAAGUUUUCACCGCUGAGGAGCUAUCCAUGCGCCGUGCAGAGAUGGCCCGUCGCAGACGCAACCUCAGCGAGAAGCGCAACGAGGAGGUUAAGAUGGAAACUAUCAACAAACUCCUCAAAAAACAAGCACCCAAGACCACACGCAAGAAUGCGGCUUUGCUCGCUGCCGGCGAUGAGACACCGGACGGCGAGGGUGGGACAGGCCAUCAGCGCGCUGACCCCAUGUUUGUGCGGUGGGUCAGUUCGUCCAAGGUUGGUGCCGAUGGCGUCAAGUCUGCGGGUGGGAGCCGCGUGGGCGUGCCGGAGGAGUUGUUGAGUGGCCCGGCUGGGCGUGUGUUUUUGUCUUCUGCUGGCUCGUCGGGUAAAGGGGUUGGGGGAAGUGGGAAGAUGGUGGAGGAGGUCCCUUGA